AUGUUUCUGAAGUUUACCCUACUCGGCGCCUUUUUGGGAGUAAUUUCCCUGUCUGCGAGCUACAAAAUAACACCGAAUGUUAUAGAUGGAGUUCCUGGUUUCCUAAACAUAACAACUGCUCCUUUUGUGAAGAUCGGAUCAGGCUAUUACAUUUUUGAAAGUAAAGCCGUUAAUUGGUAUUCAGCCUUUGAAUCUUGUCGACAAAUGGAAGCAGACUUAAUAGCAUUUGAAAGCCCAGAGGAGUUGAAUUUGAUAUCUGAGUAUAUCACCGAAGUCAGUAAAGUAGUAUCCUAUUGGACAUCCGGCACGGACUUGACUGAGCAGGGUAAACAUAUAUGGUUUUCGAAUGGACAACCCGUGUCUUCGGAUUUGUGGUUGCCGGGAGAGCCAAGUAACUCUGGAAAUGUGGAGCGCUGCGUUGAAUUCGGAAUCCGUUCGAAAGUUACGGGAUUAAAUGACAGAAAUUGUAUCAGACUUAAUGGAUAUAUUUGCAAGGCGCCCCAGCCAAAAACAGCUUCUUUUGUAAUCUGGUAGAUUAGUUUUAUUGAAUACUACGGACAAUAAAGCACAUUGAUACAAAGAAGA